GGCAUUUCUGCAAAUACUUACGAAAAACAAAACAGAUUGUGCAAGAGCACACAGAGCCACUGAACUCGAGUCCCCGUGUUUCUUGGUCGAAAUGGAGCUCUCCGUCUCAACUCACUUGUCUCCUCGAGUUUCAUCUUCAUCUCACACACAUUUGUUCUAUAAUUAUCACCCAACUUGCAAACCCAACAACUUGCUUCUCAAAUUCUCCAGGAAUUCAUCUCCAAUUGUGCUUUUUGAUCACAAGAGCGGCUCAAGAACCGUGUUAAAACAACAAAAGAAGAGUCUUUUCAUCAGGGCCUGCGCUCAAGUUGGUGCUGCUGGCUCUGAUCCUGCAGUGAACAAAAUUUCAGAGUUUGCGGAUGCAUUUUGGAGAUUUCUGAGGCCCCACACAAUACGCGGAACAGCAUUAGGAUCAAUUUCUUUGGUUACAAGAGCUUUGAUAGAGAACCCGAAUCUGAUAAGGUGGUCAUUGUUAUUGAAGGCGGUUUCUGGGCUUCUUGCUCUGAUAUGUGGCAAUGGCUAUAUUGUGGGAAUUAAUCAGAUAUAUGAUAUUGGGAUUGACAAAAUAAACAAACCUUUUUUGCCUAUAGCCGCCGGAGAUCUUUCUGUUCGACAUGCAUGGAUUUUAGUGCUAUUUUUUGCAGUAGCUGGCCUCGUGACUGUUGGAUUGAACUUCGGUCCAUUUAUUACAACUCUAUACAGUAUUGGUCUAUUUUUGGGAACAAUCUACUCGGUCCCCCCUCUCCGAAUGAAGAGAUUUCCUAUCGUAGCAUUUCUUAUAAUUGCCACAGUGCGAGGUUUUCUUCUUAAUUUUGGUGUUUAUUAUGCUACAAGAUCUGCACUUGGACUCCCAUUUGUGUGGAGUUCGGCAGUGGCUUUCAUCACAACUUUUGUCACGUUGUUUGCAUUAGUUAUUGCCAUAACAAAAGAUCUUUCUGAUGUAGAGGGGGACCGGAAGUUUCAAAUAUCUACUUUGGCUACAAAGCUUGGUGUCAGAAACAUUGCGUUCCUCGGUACCGGGCUUCUGCUUAUAAAUUACAUUGGUUCUGUACUAGCAGCGAUCUAUAUGCCUCAGGCAUUCAGGGGAAGCUUAAUGAUUCCAGUACAUACCAUACUAGGAUCUACUUUAAUUUUCCAGGCAUGGUUACUGGAACAAGCAAAAUAUAGUCAGGAGGCAAUCGCGGGCUUCUAUCGGUUUAUAUGGAAUCUAUUCUACAUUGAGUACAUCAUAUUUCCUCUAAUCUAAUGAGUAAUAAUCAAUUAUGUACAAGAAGUUUCUCCAGUAUUAUUUGGGAGUCAGACGUUACUUGGAAAAAUGGCUUCCUGGAGUCUAAAUGACUAAGCUGAAAGCGACACACUGGUAAAUCUGCUCAAGAUUCAAGAGAUACUACAACUCAUUUUACUAUUUUGACGAAAGCAGUAGGGGAAGCACUAUAAAGAGAAGAUUUGUACUAUUUAGUUAUGGUAAUUUAAAAUAUCAGCCCUUCUUUAUUUAUCUUUUUUCCAUGAUGAAUGUGUUAUCAGCUAAAUCCUAAAAGUAUGUAAUUAAGAGGUGCUCAAGGUUCUAGUUGAAAUUAUAAUUUUACUUCC